AUGCAGUGCUGGCUCCUGCUGCUCACCCUGCUGCUGGGGGCUGCUCUCUCACGGCCCCUGCCUGAGAGGGGUAGUUACUCAAUCCCUGAGGAAUUCACUGCUCUCCUGGAGCUUCCAGAGCAGCACUUCGGCCUGGUGGAUGAUUAUGGCAUCAAACCCAAGCAGCCUCGCCUCAGGACCCACACAGCCCGGGAAAAGCCCCCAGGGCUGCGCAGAGCUGGCAAAAGCAAGCGUGAUGAGCUUGACUUGCUGGAGUACUAUGAUGCCCACUUUUGAGCCAAUGUGCCUGUGUGCCCACUGCAGCCCAGCCUCCAGGACCCCCUCUGCCCCAUCUGUCCUCUACUGCUGCCAGACAGGGUAGGUAUGGGGUGUAGGAAUGGGGCAGGUGUAAAGGUAAAGUCAGGUGUG